AUGGGCUUAGUGCAAUAGACGGGACCAAACCAGGGUACCGGUGGCGCGAGAACAGACGAAAGCCCCACAGAUAGCGCGACAGCCCGGAUACCCUUGGAGGCCAUCCUGCUCCUUCUAGACGUUUCGUGGAAUUCGCCCCGAUAUCGAAACGACCCUGCUGCAGAAAGCAGCGCCGAUAUCGCCUCGUCCUUGACUUUCUUGUUGGUUUGGUGCCUGGAAAAGAAGACUGCAGCAUGGAUUGCCGCGGAGGAGGGAUGCCUUCACCGAAAAACACCCAAGGAAGCUCCAAGCGGAAGGUAAGGCGCCAAGAUGGUCUUACCGAGUACGCGGCCUUUUUCGAAAGCUUGAUGGGAGGACCCAGUAACUAUGCACGUGGUGCAAGCGGGAACCCCAAGGCGCCCUCGCUGGCGGACAACUACAUGCAGCUUUCUCACUUUCACCAGGUGCGCGCCUUGUGCGACAUGUCGAUGGCUGAGCAACAGGUGCGCGAGUACCUGAACCACUCGUCGGCCGCCGAAAGUGGCCAGCAAGCCCCGCUGGGACCCGCGCCGCCACCCCAAGGGUCAGCCGGCGUACCGCCGCCCCCGCCAGGUUGUGCGGGACGCAUCCUGUCCAGGAACGCCAACGGAACCAUCGCGAUGACGUCGCAACCCACCAACGAAUCGGAGCUGCAGUUGUACAGGGUCCUCCAGCGAGCCAAUCUUCUCUCAUACUACGAUACUUUUAUUUGUCAAGGAGGUGAUGACGUGCAGCAAUUGUGCGAAGCGGGCGAAGAAGAGUUCCUCGAGAUCAUGGCCCUCGUGGGCAUGGCCAGCAAGCCUCUUCACGUUAGAAGGUUGCAGAAGGCACUGCAGGAGUGGGUCAACAACCCAGCCAUGUUCCAGGCGCCACUGGUGCCGUCGCUUGGUCCUCCGGGCCACCACCCUCCUCCCCCCCAGAUGCAGCACGGCGUAUCCCCGGUGGCGCGCCCCAUGGGCUUGGCGCCCCCGCUGCGGCCGCCCGUGAGCGCUUCGCCGGGCCUCAAGGAGCCGCCGCCUAGGAUUCACCAUGCGCCACCCCCGCCGCCACCGCCGCCGCCGCCGCCGACGAUCUCCGCUCCGCAACCGCCGUUCGGCCAGACCAACCUGACUGACUGGACGCCUCGAACGCCCAACCAGGAAACGCUUUCCGCUCCUACGGGUAUGCUGGGCUCCGGCGGGGAUUCAUCGGAAACGGGCGGGCGCCCAUUGACGCCGCCCACGCCUGUGCUGGUCGAGGCCCAAAUCCGACGGCUGGCAGAGUCGGCGGAGCUCCUCGUACGCUCGCUCCCUCCGCACGCCUUCGUCGACCCCAGACCGCACGGCCGAAGGAUGUGUAAGGACCUAGAGCACGUGCUGAGCAUGUCCGAGGACGACCCGCGUCGGAUGGACGAGAUCCGGAAGUACGCCGCCAUCUACGGCCGCUUCGACUGCAAGCGCAAGCCCGAGAAGCCGCUCACUCUGCACGAGGUGUCGGUGAACGAGGCCGCGGCGCAGAUCUGCAAGCACAUUCCGGCGCUGCUCACGCGGCGGGACGAGCUGUUCCCGCUGGCGAGGCAGGCAGUGCGCGACAGCGGAUACCCUUUCUCCAAGGGCCAGUCAAGUGCGGACGACCCUUGCAGGAGCCAGUGCUACGGGGCAAAGUUCGAGGACGAGCCAGCGGCAAGCAAGCGGGCCCGCCUCGAGCAGCCAAUGGAGAAGGCGCACAUGGAGGAGGAGAAGAAGAAAAGACAGGCAAGACUUCUCAUCUCUCUACUAGCCCUAAAUGUUUACCAUCUACCGCUUAAUACCGGAGUGCUGUCACUUUUCUAA